AUGUUGUCGAUUAAUAAGAGCGUUCUGCUUGAGAAAAGCAUCAGAAACGGUAACAUUUCCCUAACGAGGAACUUCCACGUUAUAAACUCACCAUCUCUAGACAUCAUGGAUUGGUUCAAAUCCAGAAAUAAGAUGAAAGGGGAGGGAAAGGAUACAGAAGGAGAAGAGAGCGUGAAGAUCGUUAAUAAGAGGGCUACUAAAGACCUUAUUCAAGAUAUUGAAACGAGGAAAGAUAACAAGGACGAUACUGAUGACACUUCAUUAGCUACACAUAAGUUGAAAUUAAUACCUGAAAAUUUCAUUGGGAGGAGAAAUAAUAGGAAGGUUGGUUCUCAAAAUAAACGCUUGUAUAAGGAUGCUCCUUUCAAUUACUGGUUGAAUAAGACCAAAGUUCAGAAUGAGACUGAAUUAGAGAAGAUAAUGGAAAGUCUGUUAAAUGAAGUGAACGCUGAUAAAGAGCUAAUGGAUGAACCACUUCCUGAUUUGGUGACGAAAUUCAAAUUUGUUAAAGAAUUACAAGCUAAGACAGGGUAUAUGAUACCAGAUUAUCAAAUCACGAUUAUGAAUACACCAGCAGCUUUCAAGCAAUACUAUAUUGAUAAUAUUUUUUCUGGUAAAUUACAAAGAUUUAAAGAAUCUGAACCAAACGCAAUUCAUUUUGAAAAUAAACAAUUCACUGCACCAAAUAUCUAUCUUGUAAAUACUGUCGAUGAAAGAGAUAUUUCGGGUAAAAUGCAAAAGAAGAAAUAUAACAAGAUUAUAGACGAAGUCCGUAAGAUGGAAGAAAUUAGAACAAAGAAGAUAAUUGAAGAGGCUAGAACGAAUUAA